AUGAGAUUCUUUUCGUUCGUUACGGCCGUCGUGGCAUCGGCGAUCGCAGUCGGCGCCUCGCCCGUCGAGAAGCGUGCCGUCGGGGGUGUCCUCCUCUGCACAGGCCCCAACUCCACGGGCAUCUGCAGCUACAAGGUGUACGAGCUCAAAAAGUGCCAUCAGCUCAAGGCGCCGUUCCGCGUCAACACCACGACCUUUGCGCCCGACGGCGAGGACUUUGUCUGCUUCCCGCGCGCCUACGACUGUGGCGGCCUCUGCACGAGCCCGACGGGGUGCACGUUUGGCGGCGUCGACUUCAACUACGAGCACAAGUACAACCUCAGCGCCAUCGGCUGGGGCAACUCGGUUGCGAGCUUCGAUUGCCAGCUGAAGUGA